AUGAAUGAAGUCGCUAUCAAAAGAAUCAAUCGUUCUAUUUGCAAUGGUGGCGUUGGAUUUGGAGUUCGAAAGGUAUUUGGGAAAGGUUCGUUUGGAUCGGUGAGACUUUUCAGUUACAAAAGACGAUGCGACGGUGAGACUCUCUACGCCACUGUGAAAACCUCUGAUGAUGCUAAGUCUCUCUACGAAGAGUUUCAGAUCCUGUCUAAAUUCAAGGGCUGUCCGAGAAUCGUCCAAUGCUACGGUAACGGAGUAAAACAGAGAUUUAACGACAAGGGUUACGUAGAGUACAUGAUUCCUAUGGAGUAUGCAACCGGAGGAAGCUUGAACAAUUUCAUGGACCGAUUCAACGACAGAAAAUUGCCUGAUCCGAUGAUCAGAAAGUUUACUCGUAUGCUUCUCGAGGGUUUGGCCACAAUUCACAGAUACGGCUAUGUUCACUACGAUAUCAAACCCGAGAACAUACUUGUUUUCCCUGGUUCUGUCUACAAGGAGGGCGCGUGGAGAUAUUCUUACAAAUUGAAGAUUUCUGAUUUCGGGUUGUCGAAAAGAGAUGGAGACACUAAGUGGUGGCAUCCUCUUAAAUCGUAUGCGGGAACACGGAUCUAUAUGUCGCCGGAGUCUAUCUCUCACGGGGAGAUAGGGAAAGGACUUGACUUAUGGUCGUUGGGAUGUGUUGUGUUGGAGAUGUACACUGGGAAGAGACCAUGGUGGCAUACUAACUAUGAACUAGAAGAUCUCAUGAAGUGUUACGAGCCAUUGUUUCCGCCUAAUCUUCCUUGCGAUGCAAAACUCUUUCUCAUGACCUGCUUUGCGCCUGAACCAGAUGAGAGGAAAGACGCGUUGACAUUGUUGAGACAAAGCUUCUUUCGUCGAGAUGUCAAUAAGUUGACAAAGCUUCUGAAGGUUGAUAAUCGUAAUGAUUUCACCCUGGAACUGAAGAAACUUAGACAGAUGCUUUCGGAAAUUAGGAGUAUGCGUUAA